AUGGAAUAUAAAAAAACGAAAAGAACAAGUCAAUACAUUUUUGAAGGAAGUAGGCAUGCGGUUAAGAGACAGAAAAUGAAUGUAAGCCCAGAGUGCAAAGGUAUACUGAUAUCAACCCUGAGCCCGAAACGGAUGACCAUAGGAAUAAAAGAAUUUUUAAAUUUUUUGAAAGUUAAUUUUCCAAUAGAUGAAGACAAGAGGGAGGAAGUAAAAAAUGAUGAAAAACCAAAUGGAGGAGAAGAGAAGGAUGAAAAGCAAAAUGGGGGAGAAAAUAAGGAUGAAAAGCAAAAUGGGGGAGAAAAUAAGGAUGAAAAACCAAAUGGAGGAGAACAGAAGAAUGAAAAAGAAUCAGAAAAGAAAAGUUAUAGUAUAGAAAAACAAUUUAAUAAUGAAAUUGAAAAAGAAAAUAAGGAAUACAAUAGAUUUGCACCUCUUCGAAAUAUAAUAAAAAAUUUUACUUUUAUCAAAUUUAACAAUAUGUAUGAUAAAAGCCCAUCAGAUAUUGUUCAGGAAAUUUUUGUUUUAGCGCAUAACAAAAAAGAAAAAUAUAUUCUUAGACACUUGUGCAAAAUUAUACCACUAGAUUGCAUAUGUAAACCUCACAUAUCUCCAUUCACAAAAUCUAUUCUUCCAAUAAUGAAAAAGAAUUUUUCAAGAAGUACUUGUGUUCAGAAAAACUUUACAGUCUCCCAUUUGCUGAAGUUGAUGAAUGUGUCAGUUGAGAAGGAAAUAAGUGAAGAGGUAGAAGGCGAAGAGGUGGAGGGCAAAGAGGUGGAGGGCAAAGAGGUGGAGGGCAAAGAGGUGGAGAAUGGCAUCAAGACUAAAGAGGUAAGUGAAGUGAGACAAGAGGUUCAUAUCAAAAAGGAUGAACAGGAGAAUGAAAGUGAACAGAAGAAGGAUCAUGCAAAGGAAGAGCAAAAAAAUUCAAAUGUGAAUAAAGAUGUUCCUGAAAAGAAAUUAUCGUGGGCCUUAAUCUACAAAUGCUCGAACACAAAAACAUUAUCAAAGAGAGAUGUUUUGACAGUUCUGGAUAAUUGCAUAGGAAAUAAUUAUUCUGUAAAUCUGAACAACCCUGACUUGGCCAUAGUAGUUUAUGUUACUGAGAUAAUGUGUGGGAUCAGUAUUGUGAAAGGUUACGGGAAGACGAGAAAGUUUAACAUCUCUGCGUUUAAUGAGGAUUCUUGA